ACUACUGGAAACACACACGGCUCUGCCUAGCACUUGGUAGGUUUCCUCCUCUGUUUUCGGCAGAAAAAAAGUAUCCUCCCCUCUAUAAAUAACCCACAUUCAUAGGAAUCUUCCCUUGGGGGCUUCAGAAAUGUAAAAAACAUGAUCACUCUAGAUCUUGGAUAAGCAGGAGCUUACCUGGACCCGAGUUUCUUCGCCUCUCAUCAAACAGGUUUGAAUGUGUCAUACCCCUCCAGAUAUUACAUUUUGACAGACUCCAGUCUUUGGACUUGUCAAAAAACAAGUGCCGUGACUUCAAAGCGACACCCUGACCAUGACACAUCGUAUUAUCCUCCAAUUCUCACGGGGCUACUUAGCAUAUGACAUCUCCUUAAUCUAAAUCAUAGUUCUACAAAGUCGACUAUAGCCCCGUUAUAGCCUUGCUAUAGCUUAGCUUUUUCAACAGAAUGCCACUAAAUGAAAUCAUGUACAAAUAUUAUUGUUAUAGCCCGCUAUAGCUGAUUUGAAGGUCUGCCGCUAUUUGACAUAGCCCGUUAUUUAAAGCAUUGAUCUAAACUGAGAGUGUACCACCUGUAAACCACGAAGUCCACCAUACGACAUCUGUAAUGGAUGGCCGGCCGGCCGGCUUAUCCAGAGGUUUUAUAAUUUAUAUCUUCCAUAUAUAGCAAGUCAAGUGAAGCAAAGCAGCACCCCUACCAAGCCAUCAUGAAGCAUCUCCAUCUUGUAGGCCUCCUCCUACUCUCAUGCACUUGUCCCCUACUAUGCGCCGCCCGGCGUGAAGCUGUGGCGCUUGUGCGUUGGAAGGCUAGCUUGGAUGGUGCCGAUCGGUCCCUCGGGCCAUGGUCGAUGGCCAACUCCACAAGCCUUUGCAGGUGGAGGUACAUCACCUGCGACUCGGCCGGGCACCUCUCAGAGCUCAACCUUGGGGGUGCAAGGCUGAAUGGCACGCUCGACGAGCUCGACUUCUCCGCCUUUCCCCACAUGGAGAAACUCACCCUGUCCCGGAAUGAUCUGCACGGCACAAUUCCGGCAGGGAUUGGCAACCUGACGAGCUUGGUCGUGCUGCGGAUCUUCGACAACCCGUCUUUGCGGGGCGCCAUUCCUCGCACCAUUGGCCAGCUGAAGCACCUUGUCGUGCUGGAACUGGAUGGUUUGGGGCUUGGUGGCUCACUCCCCGGAGAGAUUGGUAACUUGACGAGUUUGGAGAACCUCAAUCUCAACUUGGUUGUUUUGACCGGAUCAAUCCCGCCUACAAUUGGGAUGCUCGUGAAGCUCCGUGUGCUGGACCUGGAAAACAACAAUCUGACAGGGAUCAUCCCGGUGGAGAUCGGAAACAUGACGGAGCUGCAGUACAUGCACUUUCAAGAUAACUAUUUGGAAGGGAGCCUACCAGGUACCAUCUCUCGUCUGAUAAAUCUCCAGGAACUGGGUGUUUCAGGAAAUCAGCUUGGAGGCCACAUCGUCCUGGAGUUUGGGAAUAGCAGCCUCCUGAACACGGUUGACAUUGCAAAGAACAACUUCUCCGGGAUGUUCCCGCCGUCCAUUUGCGUGGGAGGAGCACUGAAAUUUCUCGAUGCCAGGUACAAUGGAUUUACGGGCAUUCGCCAUCGGACCUUUCGAAACUGCACAACCCUGCGAUACGUGGACUUCACGGCAAACAACAUUGUUGCAGAACUAAGGGUAUGUUUUAGUGACCAUCCAAAAUGGCUUACCACCAUGGCUUUCAGUCAGAACCAGCUGUACGGCACGCUUCAGACAGAUCGGCGUGAGGAUUUACUUUGUAACUUAACCAAUUUAAGCCUCCUAGACCUAUCAAACAAUGCCUUACAUGGAGAUCUUCCCAAGUGUUUCUGGGACUUGCCAAAUUUGGGAUUAAUGGAUUUGUCCAGCAACUCUUUCAGUGGUGUCAUUCCAUUCUCAAGGACAUGUCAAGUUAAACUCAAAUAUCUACUCCUAGCCAAUAACCAUUUUAGAGGUACCUUCCGUCUUGGUCUUAAGAAAUGCAUAAACCUUACCACUCUAGAUCUUGGAGGCAAUGAUUUCUCUGGUACAAUACCUUCUUGGGCAAGCAUGAGUUUGCCCAAACUCAACUUUCUUCGGCUGUCAUCAAAUAUGUUCGAUGGUAUUAUACCUCACGAGAUCUUACAAUUCCGCCGGCUCCGGGUAUUGGACUUGUCAAAAAACAAGCUCACAGGACCUGUACCAGACGAUUUCACGAAUUUCACUGCCAUGGCACAAGAACAGGAAAGCACUGGCAUCACAUAUGCUGACCCUGACUUUUCUGAAAAGCGAAUUCAUAUAGUUUGGAAGAAUGUAAACUAUGCUUACAGUCUGAGGAUAAGAGCCGUGGCAGGUAUCGAUUUAUCUGGUAACUCUCUUUCACGAGAAAUCCCAAAUGGGCUCACAACCCUUCUUGGACUCAGGUACCUCAACUUAUCAGGAAACCAUCUGUCAGGUUGUAUUCCCGAAGAUAUUGGCAAUCUGGUACUGCUGGAGUCCUUGGAUCUUUCUGAGAACCAACUCUCAGGGGAAAUUCCGCCAAGCUUGGCAGCUUUGAAGAGCAUCAGCGUGCUGAACUUGUCGAGCAAUGGUUUGUCAGGGAGGAUACCUACAGGCAGUCAGCUGCAGGUACUUGAUGAUCCGUCGAUAUACAGUAAUAAUCCUGGGCUAUGCGGGUUCCCGUUGGAAGACUGCAUAAACUCCUCGAUAGCGGCGCAAGCUGAAACAAGCCUGGAUGAAGAUAGAGAGACAAUGUGGGUGUACUGCUUUGUGGCUGCUGGGUUCAUCUUUGGGUUCUGGCUCUACUGGGGCAUCUUCAUGUUUCGCAGCAAGACAUGGAGGUGUGCAUUCUAUCAGUAUGUGGACGACAUGCAAGCCAAGGUAACCAAGAAGAUAUACAGCUUCAUCUCACGCUUCCAGGCCGACGGCUCCAAAUGAUUAAGUGCGCCGUGUGGUGCUGAAGUAAAGGCAUGAUUCUAUAAAUAUUUUCCUUGUUCUGUUAUAAAAGAAUUGUGGUGAGGAAGUUGUGCGUGUGUGUUGGAUAGUGCUUUGACAUGUAUGAGUCUGUUUAAGUUUUUAGCUGCCGAAGCCUACAUAUUUUUGUGCACCAAUUCCAUGAGAAACCUGGUGACGAAAACAUCUUUCCGCUCUGUAAUAAGGAAUCUGUAUGUGGCCAUUUGGGUGG